CAUUUUUAUUUUUCAUUUAAAACAUAGAAAAAUAUAUAGAUUUGGUAAAAAUGCUUUGAAUUGCGAACAAACAAACUAAAUCACUUCAUGUUUGUAGUCCUGCAGGCAGUUAGUGGGUGUGUGUGGUUGCCAUGACACUGAAGGCCAUGGAUGUGUACAUGUCAAACAAUUUCUGCUGUUCAGACCCGCUUCUAGAGAAAACUCCGAGUGGAAACACGUUGACAGCAAUCAUGGAAAAUGAAGGCUCUGGUGAAAACACUGAUGAGCUGCUGUCUGCAGAGGUGGAUGAGGGGGUUGAUGUUUAUGGGAUCAUACCUCUGGGAUUGUCCCAUGAUCGCUGUGAUGUACUGCUGGACGCCAUAGACACGCAGCUGAGUCAUCUACAGAUCCAAAGCCGAACGCAUGGAGGAAACUCCAAGAGAUAUGAAUUUCCUUUCUCGGGCUAUCUCGAUCGGAGUCACUCUGUAAGUAAAGACACAGGCUUGGGAAGCACUGUUCCAACCACUGAUAAAACACCAUCCAACCUUGACGAGACUCAGUCAGUAUCAGAUGACCAAACAGAGCAUCAGACCAUGGAGAUAAUAAAGGCUGGAGUCGCAGCUACAGAUGUGUGGCGUCCUGAGGAAAGUGGCAGCUUGAGCUCCGUGUCCAGGGUAGAGCAGUGUUGUUGGAGACUGGAGAAACUUCUUGGGAGAAAUGCGGAGGUGGCAGGGAUGGGAAACGAGGAGGAUGACCUCACUAUGGACAGCAUCUGCACUGAGGACUUCUCAACACGCUUUAGAGAGGAAAUGCUGGUCCUGCCGGCCUCAGGAGUCCCUAUGCAGAGUUUUGAUUUAGUCACCAUAGAUACUGAUCUGGACACAGUGUGCUCAGAACAGGUUCGACAGCACCUGAAGUCUGCACACAGUGACAGGACAAGUACAGCCUUUCAUCUGAGCAGAGAAAAUGGAUACUGUACAGGACAAACCAGCCAAACUCAAAAUAUUCAUUCCUUCAGCUCUGAUGAUGAGAGAACUGUUGAGGAGACGAGUAGUGACGCUGCUGUGUCAAAGCUUGACUACAGAAGAAGGAGACAUUCAUCUGGCAGGAAGGGAAAGAGGAGGCGUUUGUACCAAAGCAAAAGGAACGACUCUCACGUUAGCACGAAGAGAGAUCGGGACAAGAGCAGUAUAGAUAGAGAUCAACUCAAAGAGCUGAGCAUGUCACUUACUGAACUUCAACAGCAAAAAACAGCCACACUUCAUACUCUGGAGAAGCUGAGAGAGGAAGUGGAUCAAGCUAAGAGAGAGCAUCUCUCUCUACAGCUCAGUGUGAGGGACAGCAGAGUCCAGGCACAGAACAUUACGUGUGAGCUACACAGACUGCAGGCCCAGAGGGACUUAUGCUUGAAGGAGGUCAGGGUUCUGCAGGAGCAAAAGUGUGUAAGCCACAGUGUAUCUGUUCUGGAAAGGGAGGAGAUGGACAGACUGCUGGAUAAUACCAAAUCUGAACUAUUCUCAGAACAGAGGCGUUUCAGACACACACUGGACUCUAUGCAGGAGAGGUUGGAUGAGGUGAAUCAGGAGCUGGAGCAGAGGGAGGAGGACUGCAGGACCCUCCGACAGAAAUGCACUGAGCUGGAGGAGCAACUGACGGAUACAACCAGAGAAAAAGAACAAAUAAAGGAGUCUUUACAGAAAGAUCUAGAGCAACAAGUGAAGUGUUUUAGCGUGAUGGAGCGAAUUGUUGCCCAGAAGGAGCUGCUUUUGCAGGGGAUUGAAGAAAAGAAAGAAGCUCUUCUUCAGGAACUCUGUUCACUGAGAGAGGAGCACACCUUUAAGCUAAAAGAAAUACAAAAAAAGACAGAGCAAGAGUUUGAGCAAAUGACAUUACAGCUAGCCAAAAGUCACAAAGAGGAGCUUCAAAAGGUUCAUCAGCAGGCGGAUGAGUCGAGGUCAGCUGCUCUCAGUGAACAAGAUCAGACCCACAAACAGAGCCUUGAUUCCUUACACAGCUGCAUCCAGCUGAAAGAUAAAGAGAUAAAGAGACUAAAAGAGACUCUAGCGCAGCAUGAGGAGACGAUGAGGAGGCAAGCAGAGGAGUUCAAAAGAGAAACUCAGGAAAAGAUUCGAAAGGCUGUGAAACGAGAGGAAAAGAAAUGGGAGGAACAGAGAGACAAGGCUCUCAAAGAGCAGCGUGGGACUCUGGAGCAGCAAAUAGUGGAGGCAGUGAAAAGAGGGAAAAUAGAAGUGGAGAAGGAGAGAAGAAACACACUAGCCUUACAGAGUAAAGUGACUGAGCUUCAGAAAGAGGCAGAGAAGGAGGUGGUGCGUCUGAAGCAAACUUUGCAGCGGUCUGAAAAGGAGCUUCAGGAGCUGAGGACAGUCCUCUCUGAGAAAGACCAAAAACACCAAAGAAGAACAGCCAGACUUGAGCAGCAGAAUAAGCGCUGGGCGCAGGACAUACACAGCGAGUGUGUUUGCUUGCAGGAGUUACUUAAACACAACGGCCAGACUGUUGAAAACAAGAACCCAUCAGACAGUCCUACAGUGAGUGAAACUCUUGAGACACUUCAGUCCCUCACAAAGGCCCUACAACAGCAUAUUAAUGAUCUAAAACAUGAGCUCAGCUCACAGAGACGUGCUACACUGCAGCUCAGCCGAGAAAAGGAGCAACAGCUACAGCUACAGAAAAAGCAGCUGAUGGAGGAAAAGGAACGAGCACUGGCUGCUCUAAAAGAGAAACUCAUACAGGAGCACAUUGAGGAAAUGAGCAGUAUAUCUCGAGCAAAGCUGCGCAUGAACGAUGAUACAGACAAACCGUCUGUCCAUCUGCACAGGCAGCUGCAGGCUAAAGAUGAUGAGCUCAGACAGGUGCACAGCAACAUGGCUCAGUGCAAAGACAAAAACACUGCAAGACUUGAGCUGGAGCUUAACGCAGAGCUGGAGAGGAGAGUCCCAAAGCCCCGAGCAGAGCUGCAGAAGAGAUUGGAGAGACUGGAGAAUGAGAUGAGACAUCUGACUGGGCAAUGCCAAGACCACAACCAAUCCCAGCCGGCCUCCACUGCUUCUCAGGGUGGCACAGACUUCCAAAAUUCUCGAGUCAGCCAAGACCUGAGCUCAUAUAAACUGCUGCGGCACCUCCAGAGUCGCAUUCGUCAGCUUCGAGCAGAGAGCCAGACCCGCUGCCCCAGUCCGGUGAAGUGGGACAGGGAUCCCACAGACCUGGGUGGGUCUUAUUUGGACACGAUUGCUCCAGCUAAGGACAGCUGUAGGACAGAAGAUCACUUACCAGCAAAGACCAUCUUCAGUUAACAUUUACUUUAAAAACUCUAUCCUAGAAUUUGUCUAUAAACCGUUUUAUAUGAAGUCAAAAAUAAUUUCUUAAAGGAUUAGUUCACUUCCAGAA